UGCUUGUUGAUUUUUUAUCGUUAUUUAAUUUUUCUAUACAUAGCAAGUGAGAAAGCGUUCAUUUGACAAUUUCGCCGGAAUCAAUAAUAAUGAGCGAGAGCAAACCCGAGGCGUAUGACCUGAUAAUGCGGCUGCCAUACGAUCUGUCGAUACUCGUUGCGCGGCUGCUGACGACGCACGAGCUGCACGUGUGCUCCCAGGUGAGCCGAUCAUGGCAUGCGCUAUUCACGGACGAAAACCUGCUUCUUCCGCGCAUUCAGCAGCUGUCGCAUUUUGACCAAGAGCCCAUAAUGUACUAUUCUCUGCCAACAGGCCACGAGAGUGGCGAGGGGGACGAGGGGGACCACAAGCAUAACAAUGUUGAAGAGCCGCAGGGCGAAGAGGCGACCUCGGAGCGCAUGCUGGAGGAGAGGGCCAACUCACAAUGGCUGAAGAGCCGGCGCGUAUUGAGUAGGAUGCUACAGAAGCUGCUGAACCGCAAUCGCAGGUGGGGGCGGGGUCAACCCAUUAUGCGCGUGUACUUGCCGCCCGUUGGACUGGAUGGCACGCAGGGCGAUAUUCAGGAAGAGUGGGAGGGCGGCGUCAAGUCACUCAAGAUGAAGGGUGGCAUUGUGCGGCCAUAUACGAAAAGGGAUUGAGUGUGCGCAUGUGGCGGUUGGACUCAUCUUACGACGAGGUCAAACGCAUCACUGAUCGUUACUUGAAGGAUAACCGGGAGGCACUAUUGGCACAGACCAAAUACGGUGGUCCCAGCUUGCCGCCUUUUCGGAGAGCGAUAUUGACGCGAUGCUGCGUGGGUCACGCUCGGAUGAGCCCAAGCAUGCGCUGCUGGUGGUCAUGAGGCUACGGCAGGCUGCGCGUUUGUUCGACUACUUUAUCACUUCUAAGACGCUUGCUGUAGUUGCAGGUGACUACGAGGUCGAUGUGUAUGAUUACG